UUUCCAUUUCCGCGGCCUCCGUCGUGGCCGAUACGUUCAAACGCCCCGUAAACCCUUGGGGGUGGUUCCAAACUCCGAGACGGACUUUGGAUUUGCGAGGAUUCGGAUCGGAAUCAGGGAAAGGAGUGGAGAAAUCCAGUUGGGAUUCGGUAACAGUACUGAGUUCAAGCAGUAGAUUUCGUAGAUCUCGUGGCAUUUCGGUCGAUCUCCGACAUGGAUUCUGGGAGGUAAUGCUGUUGUUCUGGCGCUGACUUUGGUAGUCUGGUGAUGGCGAGGCGUCAUGGAUGGCAACUCCCAGCCCACACUUUCCAGGUGGUUGCAAUAACAGUAUUCUUUGUGCUAUCUAUUGCGUUCUAUGCCUUUUUUGCACCAUUUCUGGGAAAGGACGUAUAUGAGUAUGUAGCUAUUGCUGUUUAUAGUUGUUUGGCUCUAUCUGUGUUUAUUCUCUAUGUCAGAUGUACUGCUAUUGAUCCUGCUGACCCUGGGAUUUUAAUCAAUUUUGAAGGGGCAUCAAUUUAUAAGGCACAGAGUUCUCUAGAAGAGCCUAGCAAGAUAGGCUUGAAAGCCGAGGAAAAAACUGGGGAGCAUAAGUCAACAACCUGCCAUAGUAUUGGCUGUUUCUUUUGUGCUCUUUUGGUUAAAGAAGAUUGCUGCAAAGAUGAGGAUAUCACUGAGCAACAAGCCAGCAGCGAUGAGGCACUAUUUUGCACGCUAUGCAAUGCAGAGGUGCGUAAAUUGAGCAAACAUUGCAGAAGUUGUGACAAAUGUGUAGACGGAUUUGAUCAUCAUUGCCGGUGGUUAAACAAUUGUGUUGGGAGGAAGAACUAUAUUACAUUUUUGUUUCUCAUGGUCAUGAGCCUUGCAUGGCUUGCGGUUGAAUGUGGGGUUGGUAUUGCUGUCCUUGUCCGGUGCUUCACUGAUAAAAGGGCGACUGAAACUCAGAUAGCUGAUAGGCUAGGAGAUGGUUUCUCCCGUGCUCCUUUUGCUACAAUUGUGGCCUUAUGUACAGCUCUUUCGUUGCUGGCUUCUGUGCCUUUGGGGGAACUUUUCUUUUUCCACAUGAUAUUGAUUAGGAAGGGUAUCACGACAUAUGAGUAUGUAGUCGCAAUGAGAACACAGAGUGAACCCCCUUGUCCAUCUGUACAUGAGGAUCUCCAAAGCUUGCCAUCUUCACCAAUGAGUUCAGCUGCCACCGCAAUAAGUGGAAGCUCUCUUGGCUUGCAGUACAGAGGUGCAUGGUGUACACCUCCACGAAUCUUUGUGGAGCAGAAGGAUGAGAUAAUCCCACAUUUAGAACCGGGCCGAGUUCCAUCGACAGUCGAUCCUGAUGCCAUGGAUUCAUCAGAAAGAGGAAAAAGGCCAACCAAACGUCCAGUUCGCAUCAGUGCUUGGAAGCUUGCAAAGUUGGACUCUAAUGAGGCCAUGAGAGCUGCAGCAAAAGCCAGAGCCUCAUCAUCAGUUUUGAAGCCCAUCAGUUCCCGCGUCCAAUAUGAUGCUGACCGAUGCUCAAGCGGGAACGUAAGUAGCAGAAGCAGCACUGUAAGCGCCGAUGUUGGCUUUCAUAGAGAAAAUCGGUUGGGUAUUUUGAAGUCUUCACCUCUGAAGACGUCUUACCCACCAAGCAGAGCAAGCAGGGAGGACCCCGAAAUCUAUCCUCAAACUCCAAGUAGCUUCGGCAGCCCUCACCACACCAACUCAUUGAGUCUUGCUCCAUUGGAGCAGCAACCUUCCAACACGAAACACUUCAACCCGAUAUACCAGUCAUCAGCAAAUCGAUCUCCUUUAUCACUGAAAUCAAAUGAUGGGAAUGAAAAUAUGGCUGGCAAUAAUUCAGAGCAAGGGCCUCCUAGGCAAAGCACCACAAGUACCUUAGUGGGAAGUUCAAGGACCUCAAUUUACUGGGAUCCUGAAGCUGGUCGUUUUGUGUCCUCUCAGAGUACUCUGGGGUCGGCUUCUCAGGGUGCUCGCACUGAGCUUUUGUGUACUGAGCAAUCUAUAUUCUUUGGCGGUCCUCUUAUAAAUGAAACCACGUCAAGGAGCUUCAGACAUGUUGGUGCUUCGAAUCAGAGGCAAGGUUGGAUUGACAGGUCAAGGGGGUCUCGCCAACUUCCUGUGUUUGUCCCCAGUGACUCUCAGAUUGAUCAGUUCUCUAGAUUGCCAUGAAAAAUUUGUAGAUAGAGUCGUAUUUUUACAUUGUUUGCAGGAUUAUUCCUUUUAUGAGGAUCCUCUUUGCUUCUUAACACACUGAGAACCUUCUUAGGAGUUUCUCUAGAUGUUUUACGCAUUCUCAUUUCAUAUAUAGUUUCCUCUGCGCUGGGUUCAA